ACUGAACGAAAUCUGGCAGUUUUUCAAAUUGUCUGAUCAACCAAUCGUCUUGCAACGGUUUGACCUUUAAUUACUCGCAACCUCCAUCAGUGGACGAUACCCCUAAAGCGUUGCCAUUACGAUAAAUAAGAUGAAUUUUAAUUAUUUCAAUACUGUUCUCAUCUUUUUGGCGAAUUUCACUGUCUUUGUAUUUGGGGCUUUCCGCAAUGAACAUUAUAAUCAAGCCUCUUUUCGUACGAAAAGAGAAAUUCAUGCGACGGAAUUGGCUCGAAUACUGACUGAAGUACCACCAGGACGACAAGAUGAUGUCGCUCUGAAACUUUUUCAAAACAUUAUUAAUAUUCUCCAGGAAUCACGCAAACUACUAAAUAAUACUGAUGUUAAUUCAGAGACUAAAAAUGAUACAAUAGGACAAGCUUUUGCAUUAACUUUUGAAAAUACAGCUGUACUAUGUGAUUUAAUUUUACGUUUUCCUGAUGUUUAUCAUUCACAUUAUGAUGGAAUUAAUGAAAUAUCUAUAUUAUUAAAAUGGUCAUUUAAUUUAUUACGUGAAUCACAAUUAAUGAGUAAAUCAGAUGAAAAUAUUUUACAUUUAACUGAACAAGAAUUAAAUUUUGUAAUCAGAGAUUCAAAUUAUGUAAAUGAGUUUAGUUCAGAUCAGAAAAUGAUUAGAGAGAAACUGAGAGCAGAAUCAGCACGUAAAGUGAAAAAAUCAAGUGUUAAACGUGUCAAGAAACCUCGACUUACACCAGUUCGAAGUGAACUCUAAUAAUUUAUUUAAAUAUCCCCUAUACAUAUAUGUACACAAAUGCAUAUGUAUAUAUGUUUAUGAUUUUUUUCUAAUUUUCCUUCGGAAUUCACUACUUUUGAUGAUAUCAUGGGUGGUGCUCUUAUCGACAUUAUUAUUAUUGUCUAUAAAUCUCUCUCUGUGUGUGUGCUUGCCUAGUUGAAUGUAGUACUAUGCAAGGAAUUUCAUAGUGUUGAUAUCGAAACAUAUCUAUCAUCAAUUAAUAAUGAAGUUUGUAGUCAUUGAUUACAAAUAACUAUUUUUGUGUCUGUGCUUGGGACACUGAAAUUUCUAGUUGUUUUUACCAAUUCAAUGUUCUGAUAAUUGGAGAACAUAAACACACAAACUUACAUUCAAAUAUUGUCUGUUUACUUUUUGGGUUUUGUUAUUACUUGUAAAAUUUGAUAAACUUCAUUUAACUCUUGUCACUCUUCAGUGUACUGUGUAGUAUAUAACUUGUUGGAUUAAUAUAAAAUUCUGUUUGUUAAUUGUUUCUGUUUUGUUUUUUUCUUUUUUCUUUUCCUAAAUAUCUACUUGUUUUGUGAAAUAAAGUUUCAAAAUGCCCUCAUAUUUGUUCCGUUUGUCAGUAACGUAAAAGAUAUUUCGACGAAGAAAAAUUGUUUGUUAAUCAUGUUAUUUUCUAAAAUGUUGUACAUUCACAUCUAUAGGUUAAUAUUAUAAAUAAAACAGGAAUUUGUUGUACCGG